UAAUGAUUUGGAAAACCAAGCUUUGUAGGCCAAUUAGUUGGUACAUUCAAUACCUUAGUUGAUACCAAGAUUCGAAUCACAAUAAUACUGUGCUAAUAUCUCCCUUCCUCCUUUCAAAAAAAAAAAAAUUGAGAUUAAUGUUUGGGAAGGGAAGAGGAGAGAGUGAGGCCUCAGGGUUUAAGCUCAUCAUCUUCACCGAUUCAGAACAUGCUGUACCACUCGUCGCCUUAUCCAUGGCGGUUUCAGGUUUAAGCUUUGCUUGCAGACCCCAUUUCUCCCUUCGACCCCCUGUCUUUUACUGCUUCCGCAGGAAUGGGUUAGGAUCUUUUGCUGCAAUUCAGACGGUUGAUGAGCCGGAGAGUGCCUUCAGUGACAUUUUUCGAACCCUGGAUACUUCUCAUGGGAAAGGUUCUAGAGUUUUGGGUGUUAAAGUUGGUGAAGGUAAUCUUAAGAUGGCAGAGUGGAAGAAAAUUGACUCCAAAGACCUUGGAAUUAGCACUUCCAAAAUUGCAAAGCCAACAAAGAGGGUUCUUAACUGCCUCAGAAAAGGAGGAUAUGAAGUUUACUUAGUAGGAGGUUGUGUGCGGGAUCUUAUCUUGAAUCGAACACCAAAAGACUUUGACAUUAUAACUACAGCCGAACUUAGAGAGGUGAAGAGUGCAUUUUCUAGGUGUCAAAUAGUAGGAAGAAGGUUUCCCAUAUGUCACGUGCACAUUGAUGAUACAGUUGUUGAGGUUUCUAGUUUUAGCACCUCUGCACAAAAGUUUCAUAGGGACCUGAGUCACGAAUUUGGAAGACCUUGUGGCUGUGAUGAGAAGGAUUAUCUUCGUUGGAGGAAUUGUUUGCAGCGGGACUUUACAAUUAACGGGUUGAUGUUUGAUCCAUAUGCAAAGAUAGUGUAUGACUACACGGGAGGAAUUGAAGAUAUUAGAAAAACUAAAGUGCGAACUGUGAUUCCUGCAGCUGCUUCUUUUCAAGAGGAUUGUGCUCGUAUUCUGCGUGCAAUAAGAAUUGCUGCUCGGUUAGAGUUCCGUUUUACAAGGGAAACAGCUCAUUUUGUCAAAAAUCUAUCUUGCUCAAUAUUAAGACUUGAUAGGUCAAGGCUUCUAAUGGAAAUGAACUACAUGCUAGCAUAUGGCUCUGCUGAAGCCUCUUUGAGAUUAUUGUGGAAAUUUGGGCUGCUAGAAAUACUCUUACCCUUUCAGGCUGCAUAUUUUGUUCACCAAGGUUUCAAGAGACGUGACAAGAGAUCUAAUAUGCUCUUGGAAGUUAAUAUUUUGACUGCACAGAGUUCUCUGUUCUCAAAUCUGGACAGACUUCUUGCACCUGAUAGGCCAUGCCACAGUAGUUUAUGGGUCGGAAUCUUAGCAUUCCAUAAAGCAUUGUCUGACCAACCAAGGGAUCCUCUUGUUGUCACUGCUUAUUGCCUUGCUGUCCACCAUGGUGGAGACAUGUUACAAGCUGUAAAAAUUUCCAGGAGUAUAAAUAAACCACAUGAGAGUAGCUUUUAUGAAUUAUCAGAACCACAAGAUCUAGAUUCUCAGAUGUUGAUAGAAGAGGUUAUGGAUCUUGCUGCAUCUGUUAAGCAAGCUUUGUGUGAUUUAACGGAUGAGUAUUUGGUCUCCAAGGCAAUGUCAGCGUACCCUCAAGCCCCAUUUUCAGAUCUGGUUUAUAUACCAUUGCAGCUGUUUUUGAAAGUCCGCGGAGUUUUAGAGUGCGUGGUAGAGGGUGCAGAGAAGGGGUUUGUUCCAAAGCGACAUGGCAAGAUCAACUAUGAAGCAUUAGCUUUGGGAAACCUGCAGGAAAUUCGUCAUACAUUUGCAAGGGUUGUUGUUGAUACCAUAUUCCCCCAAAAUCCAACUUGAACUGGGAUUUUCUUUCUCGUAAAAUUUAUUCUGUAUUGUAAAAAAAAAAAAGAAGAAAGAUUAUUAAAUUUGUUGUACAUUACAUAGGGUAAAAUGCAGUUAGAGUUCAUCUUUUGUGGCGUGGUGCAUUGUGCCUGUUGAUGUCUUUCUUUUGUACAUUACAUGGGGUAAAAUGCAGUUAGAGUAAAAAAAAGGACUUAAA